AUCAAUCCAAAUGGUAAGUUAUUCCAGAAGUUGAUUCGCGAAGGUUACAGAUACGCUGAUAGACUUUUAGAUUAUUUAGAGGAUAUUGGAACUAUGUAUAUCGCAAUUAGAGCAGAUAUUCGUGAAAAAUUUAUUAUUAGUGUGGAGUCUGCUGUUAUAGGAGGAAAGAGUCUAUUUACUCUAGAAAAAAAUAAACGAUCUUCACUUCAGAAUCUAAUCCAAAUGAACUAUUCCAUUGAUAACUUGACUAC